UCUUUUUGCUACUACCUUUAUUAUAUAUUUUAGCAGUUUCACUUUUUCCAAGGAAUCUUAUUUUGGGAUUCUUGGAUUUGAGCUGUAGUUUAGGUAGUAGUAUCCUUUGAAUUGAGUGCCUUUCUAGAUUGUUACCAAGAUACUAUUGGUAACUUGUAAUCUUCUUAAUUGGGGUUAGAUUUUUCAAAUCUGAAAGUCUUUCUGAGGCCCACCUUGUAAAGUUUCAAUCUUUACCAGAACUUCAACGGAUUUUGGGUUUUAAUAAAGGUUCUGGAAGGUUCCUUAGUGGUUUCAAGCUAAAAAAUGGAACCCUCAUCUGCUGAAACUCAGGCCAAUAUGUAUUAUAGUAGACAUUACCUUGUAUAUGCUGUUCUACCAUUGUUGAAACUCCUAUGUUUAACUGUUAUUGGCCUAAUUCUUGCACAUCCAAGAACCCAAUUAGUUCCUAAAGCUACUUUUAAGCUCCUUAGUAAGCUUGUAUUUGCUCUCUUCUUGCCUUGUACUAUCUUUAUUCACCUUGGUGAGACUAUUACUGUUCAGAAUUUUUUGCGCUGGUGGUUUAUACCAGCUAAUGUACUUCUCAGUACUGCAAUCGGUUGUCUGUUGGGGUACUUGGUAGCUAAAAUUUGCAAGCCACCCCAGGAGUACUUUAGGUUCACUAUCAUUGCGACUGCGUUUGGGAAUACGGGUAAUUUGCCUCUUGCCAUUGUUGGAUCGGUGUGUCAUAGUAGUGACAAUCCUUUUGGUCCGGAUUGUUACACAACUGGUGUGUCUUAUGUGUCGUUUGCACAAUGGGUUGCAGUGUUGCUUGUUUACACUCUUGUUUACCAUAUGAUGGAGCCCCCGUUGGAGUACUUCGAUGUUGUUGAAGACGGUGGUGAGAUUCAGGAGCCGUUACCUAGUAAUGAUCUAAGUAGGCCACUUCUUGUGGAAGCUGAGUGGCCUGGUAUGGAAGAUAGAGAAACUGAGCAUUGCAAGACGCCUUUUAUUGCACGGGUUUUUACAAGUGUCUCAACCCUUUCGAGUAGUACUAUUCCUGAUCCUGAUAGUUUGGAGGAAUCGCCACCAGCUCCAAGGAGUCCAAAAUCUAUUAGAUGUUUAGCGGAGCCCCAGAUGGUUAGAAAAUUAAGAAUUGUUGCUGAACAAACUCCAGUUCGCCAUGUUCUCCAGCCUCCGAUGUUUGCUAUUUUAUUGGCUUUUCUUGUCGGAAUGGUUCCUCCGAUUAAGUCUGUUGUUUAUGGUAACGAGGCUCCUCUUGCAUUCCUCACGGAUAGUUUACAAAUUCUGGCUCAAGCUAUGGUGCCUUCAGUUAUGCUGAUUCUAGGAGGAAUGCUUGCUGAGGGUCCGAAUGAAUCUUUACUUGGGGUUCGAACCACCGUUGGGAUUACUGUUGCUAGACUUUUAGUCCUUCCUUUGGUGGGAACAGGAGUGGUCUAUUUGGCUGAUCAAAUGAACUUUUUAAUCCCUGAUGAUCAGAUGUACCGUUUCGUUCUUUUGUUGCAGUACACAACACCAAGUGCCAUCUUGUUGGGAGCAGUUGCUAGCUUGAGAGGUUAUGCAGUCAGAGAAGCUUCAGCAAUGCUCUUCUGGCAACAUGUGUUUGCUCUGUUCUCUCUUUCUAUAUACAUUAUUAUUUACUUCAAGAUUCUGCUUUCUUAUGUCUGAGGUUUGUUUGAAACAUUUGUGCACUAUUCAUGUCAAUUUUAGAGUUCCUAUGUAAUAAGCGACAUGGCGUAGUCGUGAUCAAUUCUCAGUGUCUUUAUUUGUUUCAGUGCAUAAUUUAAUCAGCUUAUGUACUACAGUAUAUAUGUAGUGUGUGCCUUACCUUUC